CGACGUCCUUAAAGUAAGAUGGUGCAAACUGGAGGGCGACCCCUUCAAGUUGCAUCACUGAUUGACGAAAAUUUCGAGUGCCUGGAACGAGUUGACAACAACUUGAAUCGCUACUACUGGAAAUGCAAACAUUGUGGUGACACUAAUAACUCAUCAGGGCAUGCAGGCGAAGUAGAGCGCACAUUCUCUGAUCUCGGCACAACACAAUCAGCGCGACGGUGUAAUCUCUCAGUUGACACAUUUGAAACACUCGGCAAAAUUCGUGCAAACGUUCGACACCACAGCGCCAUGAAAGCCGCGGAGGCUGGGAAGCCCACCUGCCGUCGACAUGCUCACAUGCACACUCAUGAAGAGGUUGGCAUUGCUGUCGAGACUGCACAGGAUCUUGAAGCAUCCUUCGCGUGGGCACCUCCACUCUCGACUGAACCUCGCGAUGCAGAUGACUUAGCUUGCUGGUCUAGAGAGUAUCUCGCCUGAAAUGUUAACGAAGUUGAAGUGCUCGAGGGAAAUGCUUUUGAUUUUGACGAGU